GCCGGCCCGGAUGCAUCCCCACGCUCCUGCAUCCGCAUCCCGGCGCUGGGGCUGCACCUGCUGAGCCGCAUCCACCGCGAGGAAAAGGAGGAGGAGGAGGAGCGGAGGAGGAGGAGGAGGAGGAAUGCCGAGCUGGGAUCGAGGCAGGAUCGCCUUUGUUCCCCGCUGAGCCCCAGCAGAGCCUGAGCCCCCCCUGAGGGAUCUGCUGGCUCCAUCUCCCUCAGAGCCAUGGGAACCACGGAGGCCACGCUGAGGAUGGAGAACGUGGAUGUGAAGGAAGAAUGGCAAGACGAGGAUUUCCCCAGGCCCCUCCCAGAAGAGACGGGGAUGGAGUCGCUGGGAAGCCCCACGGAAGAUGAGACCACGUCCUCUCCCCCCAACACGUUGAAUUUUAACGGGGCUCAUCGGAAGAGGAAGACACUGGUGGCUCCUGAAAUCAACAUUUCCCUGGACCAGAGCGAGGGCUCCAUCCUCUCCGACGACUUCCUGGACACACCAGAUGAUCUGGACAUUAAUGUGGAUGAUAUUGAAACUCCUGAUGAGACAGAUUCCCUGGAAUUCCUGGGGAAUGGGAACGAACUGGAAUGGGAAGAUGACACCCCCGUGGCCACGGCCAAGAACAUGCCUGGGGACAGCGCAGACCUGUUUGGGGACGGGGGCACCGAGGACGGCAGUGCCACCAACGGGCGCCUCUGGAGAACCGUCAUCAUCGGCGAGCAGGAGCACAGGAUCGACCUGCAGAUGAUCAAACCCUACAUGAGGGUGGUGACACACGGAGGAUAUUACGGAGAAGGUCUCAAUGCCAUCAUCGUGUUUGCUGCCUGCUACCUCCCGGACAGCAACCUGGCUGACUAUCACUACAUCAUGGAAAACCUCUUCCUGUACGUGAUCAGCAGCCUGGAGCUGCUGGUGGCCGAGGAUUACAUGAUCGUGUACCUGAACGGGGCCACGCCCCGCAGGAGGAUGCCGGGCCUGGGCUGGCUGAAGAAAUGCUACCAGAUGAUCGACAGAAGGCUGAGGAAGAACCUCAAGGCCCUGAUCAUCGUGCACCCGUCGUGGUUCAUCCGGACGGUGCUGGCCAUCUCCAGACCCUUCAUCAGUGUGAAGUUUAUCAAUAAGAUCCAGUAUGUGCACACCCUGGAGGAGCUGGAGCAGCUCAUCCCCAUGGAGCACGUGCAGAUCCCAGACUGUGUCCUGCAGUUUGAAGAGGAGAGAAUUAAGGCCAGAAAAGAAAGGGCGGAGGAGAAACAAGACAUGGCUGAGAGGGAAAGCAGGCCCGUGCCCCCAGCAGAGGAUCAGGAAACCAGCAUGUCCUGAGUGGGAGCAGCACGGAGGAAUGGAGAAGGAGAAGGAGCAGCCUGGCAGUCACCCACCUCAAGGACCUUUGGGGACAGGACCUUGCCACCACCUUCUUCCAAGUCCUGGAAAUCCUGGAGCUGCCUCCUCUGCCUCCAAGAUGCAAAGUACUUCAACCUUUUGGGAAUCACUUUCCUUUAAAAAAAGAAGAAAAAGAACAAAACCCAAACAAACCCCCAGAAAAGGAAGGAAGAGCAGCACUUUACAGGACAGGUUCUGGUGUGUUUUGGGAAUGAUCUGUGGAGAGCAUUGGCACAGUGCAAAUACUCACUGUGUAUCCUCAUGGUAAACCAAGAGCAUCCUCCAGUCCAUGAAUCCCCAGCCCAGAAAGAGAAAUUUAUUUUUGGUUUAAAUUAUGAACCCUUCACUCGCUGCUGGCCAGCACUUCAGCUUUGAGCUGCACCCCCAGGUUCCUCCAGGAAAGGAGGAAAAGGAGGAAAGGAGGAUUUUUGCAUCCCAAAAAGCUGCGACCCCCAGGAAUGAGGACUCCAGGUGAAGGAAAAAGCUUUUCCCUCCUUCCUGAGGUGCCCAGGGCAGCACUGCCAGCUUCCAUCAUAACUCUGUAAGCCCAAAGGGGUUUUCAUGGGUUUUUUCCCAUUUUUUUUUCCUGGUUUGUCCCAUCCCGGUGUGUGUGGCACUCUGAGGGGAGUGGCCGCCCCACGGAACCUUCUCCUGAGCGCAGACACGCCAAAGGGGUUUAGAAGGAGCCUUAAGGACAAAGGACAGGGGAGUUUCCACGCCUUGUCUUCUCUCUGGACAAUCACUCGCUGCUGAUACCUCCUAGGAGCUGCUAAAAUGUUGGAAUUUCCCCUCGGGGGGGUCUCAUCCAUCAGCAUUCCUGCCUGGAAUAUCCCCGUGGAGAGGGCAGGAGCAGGGCUGGGUUCUGGAGCCAGAGCUGCAGCUGUGACAUUGACUCUUUGGGUUUUGGACUCGUGAGGAUUCUGGGAGCGAAGAGGGGGGAAAAGAAAUGAAGGAACAGAAGUCUGGGCAAAAAUUCUUUGGGAAUUCCUGAUUUCAGAGGCAGCUUGCAUGGGCUCGGGCUGGACCCCUGAAGUGUCCAAGGCCAGGCUGGAGCACUGGGGCAGUGGGAGGUGUCCCUGCCCAGACUGGGUGGGAUUUAAUUCCCUCAAAUCACUCCAGGACUCCCUGAUUCCAUGAUCAGGUAAAACCCCCCUCAAACACCUGCAGGUGAAGAAUUCCCUGCCCAUUUCAGCACUUCAAGGAGAAUUCAAAGCAAGGUUUCUCCUGCAGGUGGGGAUGGCUCCUCUGGACACACAAAGUUGUUUUUCUCCUCCUUUCAGUGAACAAAACCACUCUGGAUGAGAUUCCUUCUUCCCCUGGAUGCUCCAAGGAAGCACCAAAAGCACUUUUUUAACCUCAGUUCUCAUCUGAGACAUUCUCCUCACCCACUCCAGCCACAGAUGGAUUUCCUGGCCACACCUUUGCAUGGAAAGCAGAGCACUGCACCCCCAGCACCAAGCCAGAGGCCGAAGAUGGAAAAAAAAAAUCCCAAUUCCAUCUAGAAAAAAAAAAGCACCAAACAAGCUCAUGAUAAACCAAUUUCUGACAGAAUUUUCCAGGUUGGAAGGAGCUUGGAGCACCCUGGGGUCACAGAGAGUGGCCCAGGAUGGGAUUUAUGGUCCUUGCCAACCCAAGGCUGGGAUUUUACAAGGAAUUGUAAAACAAGGCUUUGCUGAAUAAAUCCAUUCCAGUUCUGACUCUGAACAAUCACAAAGCUCCUCGUGGACCCCGAGUUUGUGACUUCACUGAGAACAUUUCAAGUAGAUUUUCUUUUUUUUUUUUUUUGUUUUUUGUUUUAUGGGUUUAGAGAAAACCCAUCAGCUUUCACCGAGAGCGUGACCCAUGCUGGGCACUGCAAGGGAAGUUUGCAACUCUACAAGGAAUAAAGUGGAUAAAAAUGUUGAAUGAUGGGUUCAAAAUGCACCAAGAAAGAUUUUGUGAAUCAAAAAUAUUCAGAAAUACUCUUGGGAUGGAAAACAUGGAUGUGGGAGAUGAGGAAUCCCAAUCUCCUUCCAUGUGGGGGCUCAGCAGUGUCCACACCAGAAUGUGCUUUUUGGGUUUUUAAUUCCCUCCCAAAACCACUCUGUCUGCACUUUCAGAAAAUAAAAAGUACAGAAUGAGCAGAUCUGACAAAGAAAAUUCACAUUUUCCUGAGUAAUUCCUUCAGAGCAAGGCAAUUCCAGCUGGGAAGAGGACAGAUCCCAAUUUCCCUUCAUGGAGGUGGGCAGUUUUUUCCACACAGAAGUUGAUUUUUAACUUCUUGGAACCGAUUUUUUUUGUUUUGUUUUGUUUCAAAAAGUGCACUUUGUGAUGGAGCACUCCAAGUGGUGUGCACUAGAUUUUAAUUUUCCACAGAGUUUUACAAGCAUGGAUGGAUGGGUGGAUACAUGGAUAAUGUUUUAAUGUCUUUUCAACACAGAGAAGAACCUGCAGCCCCAUCAAGGAGAAAUUAGAAAUGUCAAAAGUGCAAAGAAAAAAAAAUUAUCAUUUAUUUAUU